AACUCAGUUUUUUGAGUAACCGUGAAAAGCUGUGAUUCACAAAUUGAUGGAAGAGCCGUGUUUUAUUUAAUUCUGAUUUUUUAAGCUUUGAUAAGAAAAGUCUUUUAAAAAACAUUUUGAUACCCUUCUCUGUUUACAUGAAUUUUAAAUCUGUUUUAUUUUUUAAAAUGUAAGUUUUAAAUCUGAAUGUUUGCCUUUGUAUGACUAAUAAUGUACAAAAUGUCUUUGUGAGAGAUUUUUGCAUCUCUUUGAAUGAAAUUUUGACUUUUUUUGUUAAAUUAUGACAAGGGGAAUAAUGAUGUGACUGAAAACAUUGUGAAGUAUUAUUUCUUUAGUCAUAAAUAAAAUUGUUAUUUUAAAAAAACAGCACAGACUGCACACCAGAAGCUGCUGUGUUUAAUUCACCUGAUCAAUAGUGUCAUAUUUCCCCUGAAUGAGUUUAAUCAACUCAACAUGAUGAAAGUACAAGAAGAAAAUAUAAUUUUUCAUGUAUAUCCAUCAAUUCAAGUUAUGAUCCUGUUAUUUGUUUCGUGUUAAAAUGUUCUAACUCAAUGUCAGCUGCAAAUGAUCAGCAGCAAUUACACAUUUUGUCCACUAGAGGUCGCUUUUGGUUCAGAUUUAAUUAAGUUAAGUGUAGCAAUUACUUUCUCUUAACCUCAUUUUACCUGCUGACUGUCAUCUAACAAUAUCAGUCAGUUUAUAUAUAUGAGUUUUAAUGACUCAGUCCAGAAUCAUCUGUUUGUCUGAUAAUUUAAUAUAAUAAUGUAGAAAAAGGUGCAAUGGAAGAGCUGAACAGUUGUGCAGGAAUGUGCAUCAAUAACGUGUAAAAAACUUAGUGUCAGCUACUGCAUAUUAUCAACAGCAGUUGCACCUCAUGGCCACUAGAGGUCUCUGUUGAUCCAGAUUUAGACCAACACAAGCGGUCUCAUAUCAGAGCAGACCUUCUGUUUAUCUCAUUUAUCUGCAGAGAGACCGCUGCCUCACUUUCACUUUAGUUUGGUGGUGGGUGAAUGAAUGAUAUGGCGCAGCGUGCACUUAUUCUCUCUUCAUUUGUGCUGACAGUCUCUCAGAAAGGUCUAAACUCUGUGAUACAAACACAGAAGACUGUGGCUGCAGCUGUAGGAGAGCAGGCCUGCUUAAAGUGUCUGCUGAUUCAAACCAAAGAAGUUCAUCAAGUCACCUGGCAGAAGAUUCUACCUGAUGGAGAGAGGAACGUCGCCACUGACAACCUGCACUUCGGUCAAAGAGUGGACCCUUACUUUAGUGGUAAGGUGGAGUUUCGAGAUGCUGGACUGCAGAACACCUCCAUCGUGAUCAGGAACGUGACGGAGGAGGAUGAAGGCUACUAUCGCUGCAUGUUUAACACCUACCCUGAUGGAGCUCUCACUGCUACAACCUGCCUCAAACUCUACGAGCUGCAUGGACCCGUUCUUCACGUCAGAGAAUCAAACUUUUCUGAAGAGGUCAUUGUUUUCUGCUCAGCUACGGGUCGACCUGCUCCCACUGUCACAUUAAGUGUCCUGCAUCAAAAACUCAACUUUUCUACACACAGUUUCAAAAACACAAACGGUACGGUCACUGUUAACACCACAGGUGUGCUGAUGCGUAGCUAUGACAACAGCACACAGGUUGAAUGUGAAGUUCAAGUGCCCUCCGUUCCUCUGAAGAAGGACUCUGUGAUGAUUCCUGCAGUCCAGCUGUCGUCUGAAGAUGGUUCAAAGGUCGACACUGGAUCUAAUGUUGUUGGUAUUACUCUGGUCAUCGCAGCAGUUGUGAUAGUCUCUUUAGUGGUUCUUCUGUUCUGUCUUCUGUGCUUUCUGAGACAAAAACUACUGAACAGCCCCAAAUCUUGGUGUAAGAAUAAGGAGGACCCUGAGGUGAUCAAAACACCGCUACCUACUGAGAAACCUCUCAUGAACAGAACGCCUUUAAUGCAUCAAGAGAACGAGCAGGAGGGCCUCAGGCAGUGGACAUCUUCUGCUGACAAGAUGAUCAACUUCAAACAACAAGCUUCAUCUCGGACACCACAGUGUAAAAAAAAGCCAAAUCUUUAGUGAUGCAGAAACACACAAGGUGACAAAGUGAAGAAGAGUGACUUCAACAUAUCAGUCCAGAUGUUGCAGCAUGUUAGAGGACACACAUCUGUGUCUGUUGAUGAGUGUUAAGUCCAGCAGAUUCUCUUUUGAAUCCAUAUGAUGCUUUUAUUGUCUUUUUUAUGCAUCUCUUGUUUAUACAUUUUGAUAUACUUUAAAAGAAAUACAUUUAAAUUCUGCAGCUUCAAUUUUUAUUUAUUUCUUUAUGAUUCUUCAAACCCAAAAAUGAACUUACCAUGGUCCAAUAGUUUACUCUAAUGUUGGUUAUCUUCACUAAUACCUGAAAUAACAAAUCAGAAUUUAUGUAUGUUACAUUCCUAUUUUAUCACCCCUGUUGCCAUGGUAUAUGAGGCAUUUGCUUCCUUUUUUAUGCAUCUCUUGUUUAUACAUUUUGAUAUAUUUGUAAAUAAAUACAUUUAAAUUAUGCAGCUUCAA